GACAGAUAUGUGUGAGCAGCUAAUAAAAAAAUCCUCCUCAACUUCCAUUCCCACGAAGCUCCAUUAAAAUCUCUCCCCCAAAACCUCUCCGCCACAACAAUCUCUCCGCCAUGAAAACCCCUUCCAACUCCCUUUCUCUCCUCCUCUUCUUCCUCUCUCUCUCCUCCCUUGUUCAAUCUCUCACCUCCCCCUCCGAUAUCUCCGCCCUCAAGGCAUUCAAAUCCGCCGUCAAACCCUCCUCCAUCACCCCUUGGUCCUGUUUAGCCUCCUGGAAUUUCUCCGUCGAUCCCUGUGCUCUCCCUCGCCGCACCUUCUUCUCCUGCGGCCUCCUUUGCAACUCCGCCGCCACUCGCAUCACCCAACUUACCCUCGAUCCCGCCGGCUACUCCGGCACCCUCUCUCCGCUCCUCUCUCGCCUCACUCAGCUGACCAUUCUCGACAUCUCUGAUAAUUCCUUCUCCGGCUUAAUCCCCUCUGCAAUUUUCUCUCUCCCCAAUCUCCAAAUCCUCACUCUCCGAUCAAAUUCCUUCACCGGAUCCAUUCCCCCUUCGAUUUCCAACCUUAAAUCCCUCGAAUCGUUGGAUUUCUCCCACAAUUCCCUCGCCGGAAAUCUCCCCAAAUCUCUGCAUUUCCUCUCUGUUUUAAGACGCCUCGAUCUCAGCUUCAAUCGACUCACUGGUUCCAUUCCCAAACUCCCACCAAACUUGCUCGAAUUGGCUUUAAAACGAAAUUCAAUUUCUGGGUAUUUGGUUAAAUCGUCCUUCUCCGACUCCACUCAGUUGGAGGUGAUCGAACUCAGUGAGAACUCGCUCGCCGGAACCUUGCCGGCCUGGUUCUUCCUCCUCCCUUCCCUCCAGCAGAUCAACCUGGCUAAUAACAGCCUAACACGUCUCGAGAUCUCCCCUGCCGCAGCCUCCGGCAGCGAUCUUGUAGCCGUCGAUUUGGGAUUCAACAGAAUUGAAGGGAACUUGCCGGUGAAUUUCGCGAGCUAUCCGGCGCUGUCAUCGUUGUCGCUUCGGUACAAUCGGCUACGUGGCGCGAUCCCAUUGGAGUUCAGUAAAAAGAAGACGAUUAAGAGGUUGUACUUGGACGGGAACUUUUUGACUGGGAAACCGCCGGCGGCGUUCUUCACCAGCGGCGAUGAUCUGGUUUCCGGUAGCUUGGGGAAUAAUUGUCUGCAGGGAUGUCCAGUGUCGUCUCAGCUGUGCGCUCCGUCGCAGAAACCGAACGCUGUUUGCAAGGAAGUGUACGGAAGCGGGAGGGGAAAAGGAAAACCGAUGACCUGAAACCCGACAUGUCGGUCAAUGAAUUAAUUAUAUAGCUUUUUGUUUCUUUUUUUUAUUAUUAUUUUUAGGAUGAAUCUCGAGGAUUAUGAAUGUGAGUGUUAAUUUAGUCACCAAAAUUUUAAAAUUACAUUUAAAUCAAAUUAUAAGGGUGUGGAAAUGUAAAACCCUUAAGGUACCAGACAAUAUUUAUUAAUGGUGGG